UUAUUAUAUGUGAAUUUGAUAAUUUUAUUCUCUUUCACUCACUCAGAUCUACUCCUUAAAUGUAAUUUACAUUUCUCAUUCAUUCAUACAGAGAGAAAGAGAAAGAGAAAGAGAGAGAGAGAGAGAGAGAGAGAGAGAGGGGUCACUAUUAUAUUAUUCAAGUCUUCUAUCUAAGAAGGGAGUGUGAAUUUCGUGAACCAGACGGUGUUCUUCAUCGAGGUGUGCUUCUCUGAUCUGGGUUUGGAUCGAUAAUGAAAAGUUCCCGUUUUCGAAUCUCUGUUUCCAUUGGAGUUUAGGUGGUAAACGAAAAUUGAAGAGAAAAGGGAAACAAAAGUAACUUUUGUUGCUCAAUCUCUCGAUCAUCAUCUCUUUCAGUCAGGUUGAAAAAUGUCUACUAGGCCUCUUCAUCGAGGUUCAUCUGGUGGUGGGCAUUUCUCCUUGAACAGCCAUGAUUUCUGGGAUGAUGAUUCUCAGAAGAAAGACAAAACAGAGAAGGAUGAUAUAGAUACCCAAUCCUAUCUAUCUUUCAGAUUCCCAUUCCAGUUUCUUUUUCAAGACAAUUCAUCUCCCAAACGAAAACAACAACAACAACACAGUCUUGUCGAAAAUGGUUUUGCAGCAUCGAAUCCUACAGACACCCCUUUAAAUAUGAGAAACCGUCACAAAUUGAUCAUGUUUCUGUUUAAAUUUGCCUUAGCUUCGAUUGUAGUUGUGGCUCUAACUGUUUCAUUCUGGUUGACAAUUUCGAUAAGAAACAAAUCCAGAGGUUUUGGAAUGUUCCAUGGUUAUAGGAGACUCGAAGAACAGCUCAAAUCGGAUCUACAGGAUAUUGGAGAGCUGUCUCUAGGUUCUCCAAGGUCGAAAGAAUUGGAAUUCUGUCCUGAAGAGUUUGAAAAUCAUGUCCCAUGCUACAACAUUUCAGAUGAACAAAACAUCGACAGACAUUGUAGCCAGCGAACACCUCUCAACUGCUUGAUUCGUCCGCCAAUCAAUUAUCAGAUUCCUCUUAGAUGGCCAACUGGAAAAGAUGUUAUUUGGUUUGCAAAUGUCAAGAUUACUGCACAGGAGGUACUAUCCUCUGGAAGCAUGACAAAAAGGAUGAUGAUGUUGGAAGAAAGGCAGAUAUCUUUCCGUUCAUCCCUCACGUUUGAUGGUAUUGAAGACUAUUCUCAUCAAAUAGCUGAAAUGAUAGGACUAAGAAAUGAAUCGAAUUUCAUACAAGCCGGAGUUAGAACCAUAUUGGACAUAGGGUGCGGCUAUGGAAGCUUCGGUGCUCAUCUGUUUUCAAAACAUUUAUUAACAAUGUGUGUUGCAAACUAUGAAGCUUCGGGCAGUCAAGUCCAACUGACUCUCGAAAGAGGUCUUCCUGCGAUGGUUGGUUCUCUAAACUCGAAGCAAUUCCCUUUCCCUUCGCUCUCGUAUGACAUGGUUCAUUGUGCACGAUGUGGAGUUGACUGGGAUCAAAGAGACGGUAUUAUGCUGAUAGAGGUGGAUCGUGUUUUAAGGCCUAAUGGGUAUUUCGUGUUUACGUCGCCGCUAACCAAUAUUCAGGCAUCCGUUCGAAACAAAGUAAAUCAAAAGAGAUGGAAGUUUAUCAGUGAUUUCGUGGAAAAUCUCUGUUGGGAAUUGGUGUCGCAACAAGAUGAAACUGUUGUAUGGAGAAAGAAUAGUAAACCGAGCUGUUCUUCCCGAAAAUCCGGGUCUACAACUGCAAUCUGUAGUAAAUCUCAAGAUGUGGAGUCACCAUACUAUAGGCCAUUACAAUCCUGCAUAGGUGGAACACAUAGUCGAAGAUGGGUACCGAUCGAUGGAAGGCCAGCCACGUCUAGAUUGAAUCCUUCUCAGCUUGAAAUCUAUGGUGUUCAAUCGGAAGAGUAUGGGGAGGACAAAGAACACUGGAGCAGGACUGUUGGAAAUUACUGGUCUCUUCUAUCGCCUUUGAUAUUUUCGGAUCAUCCUAAGAGACCUGGCGAUGAAGAUCCAUCUCCACCUUAUAACAUGCUUAGGAAUGUGAUGGAUAUGAACGCACGUUAUGGCGGUUUCAAUUCUGCUCUAUUGGAAGCUGGUAAAUCCGUAUGGGUAAUGAAUGUGGUUCCUACGAGUGGGCCUAACUAUCUUCCGUUAAUACUUGACAGAGGUUUUGUCGGAGUAUCACACGAUUGGUGCGAACCGUUUCCAAGCUACCCUCGAACGUAUGAUAUGGUGCAUGCGGAGGGACUUUUGACAGUUGAAACUAAUCAGAAGCUAAGUUGUUCAACGCUGGACCUCUUCUUGGAAAUCGACAGAUUACUCAGGCCAGAGGGUUGGGUUAUACUGCGAGAUUCAACAGCUCUGAUUGAAUCAGCGAGAUGGCGUGCAACAAAGUUGAAAUGGGAUGCGCGGGUAGUAGAGAUCGACAGCAAUGGGGAGGAGAAACUACUAGUUUGCCAGAAACCAUUCUUCUCGAGAAAACAAGUGAUCAGCCAGAAAUGAUAUUUUUUUUUGUUGAAGAUAAAUUUGGAUCAAAUAUUGGUUUCAUGGGUAAAAAAUAUGUUUAGCCAUAUUUACAAAAUUCCUAUGGAGCUGCAAGGCAAUUCAUAGGGAGAAAGAUAGAAAUAGAGAAGAUAAUGUGGGCCUCCAUGUAAUUAAUUACUACACAAAGUGAGGUAAUUAGGUUUGGUGACCACUUAGUUAUAGCUUCUUUUUUUUUGUAUAAGAUGAUUUUAUUUAAUGUUAUGAUCCCCCCACCCCUACACCAACUAUAAAAUUCAAUGUUCCAACUUCCACAUACAUUAUUAUAUUUAUUAUAUUUAUGAAUAAGAUGCAUUGUCUUUUCUUCA